AUGGGAGGUGUUCAUAUAAAAGGCGUUGUCGUUUUCGUUGCUUGCAAACGCGAACUGAUUAUGCAGCCAUUGAAAUGGUGGAGAAUACUGGUGAUAGUCACGUACGCCGCUGGGCAAAGUCUGCGGGUAGUUCGGCAAGAGGGGUACAGCUACAAUGUACCAAAAGUAUCUUCUCCUUUGUCGAAUCCAGUGGCAUUUAGUUACGGUUAUCCGGCACCACCACCUUCACCACGAUCUCCACCAGUAACAUACUAUCCUCCAUUGAGAUCUUCACUCCCACAGCCUUCACCACCUCUGUCACCAACUUACGGUUAUCCCCUAUCAAAACUUCCAGCACCACAGCUUCUACCUAAUCCACCACCAACUUAUGGUUAUUCACCUUCGCGACCUUUACUGCCUCCGCCACCAACUUACGAUCAUCCCCUACCAAGUCCACCUCCACUGUUAUCUUCAGCUUCUUCACAUCCUCUACCGUCUACAUACCUCUCACCUACCCUGUCACCACCUUCGUCAUCUACAGGACAAUCUACACCACCUUCUACACCUUCUGAACAAUCUCCCUUAUCUCCUCCACUUCCUCUGAGUUCACACCUUCCUCCUGCAAAAUCUUCCCAAUUUCCUCCACCUCCUUCGCAUACGUACCUUCCUCCUGCACUGCCUCCUCCUUCUCUACCUUCACCAAGCUCUCCACUUUCUUCAUCUCCUCCAUCUACAUAUCUUCCUCCUGCUCUGUCACCUUCUCCACCGUCUCCACCAUCUCCACCUUCACCUCCUCCUCCAACAUAUCUUCCACCUGCAAGCUCACCUCCACUCACCCGAAUAUCAACGCCAGCACCACCGUACCUGCCACCUCACGGUCAAGCUACUCAACAAACUGCAAGUUCUGCAUCGGCAUCAUCGUCACCAAACGCGAUGGAAAUAAUCGGACCAGCUGAAAAUUAUUCUGCUGCUUCAACUACAUCUGGAGCUAACGCUGUUACACAGUCCAUUGAGCCAGCAUACGCUGAGGCAUAUGGUUAUUCAGCACCAACCACCAGCCAGGCGUCUACUGUCACUUAUAAUUAUUCUAAGAUAAGUUAUCCAGCUUCUAGGAUAAGUUAUCCUGCACCUGCACCCGCAUCAAGUUACCCUGCUCCUGCACCAAAUUAUCCUGCUCCUGCUCAGCAGCCGAAAGAUGUUAUAUGGUAUACUGCAGAAAUGUAG